GAUGGCGGUUCAUGCUCAACCAAAAAUAUGUAAAAAGCCGGGAUUUUACUACCAAAAAAUACACUGAGAGAUAAAGUUUAUCAGCAAAUGAAUUUGGAUCCGUAAAAAUCCCAUUUGUUUGUUGAAAAACAAGUCAAUUGCCCUGGUUUAUAUUCAUGCUCUCGACCAACUGCGAUAAAUGGCUGUUCUUGUCAGUAAGCAGGUUGUCAGGCGUGUCAAACUCUGCCAUCUGGCCGUGGUCCAUCACCAGGAUGCGGUCGCUGUCCAUAACAGUGCCUAGGCUGUGCGCAAUGGUCAACACAAUUCAGUCCUUGAACUCACGGCGAAUGUCAUCCUGCAUGGUCUGGUCGGUCUUGGAAUCCACAUUGGCUGUCGCUUCGUCCAAAACGACAAUCUUGCGCCGCCAAAGGGGUGCUCUGCAAAGACUGAUGAGCUGCCGCUGCCCGACGCUAAAGUUAAUUACAUCCUCUUUCACCCACUUUUUAGUCCGACAACCCCGACCCACGGCCCCUUGUCGGAAUACUCACCAUUCGGGGGUUUGUCGUACUUCUCUGUUGGAAUAUCAAGAACGUCGCUGAUUUGGACUUCACUAAUCGCAGCCCAGACCUCGUUGUCAGUGUACUCGUUGGCUGGAUCAAGGUUGUCG